UGCUGCGGUGUUUAACACGCAGGUCGAAAACGACGCUGUCCACAAACACGUCCUCAGUCCAGCCGGCACAACAUCCCCUGCGGUCGGAUUGGGUUACGGAUGGUGAAUUACUCUGUGGAGCUGCUGCUGAAUAGUUAUUGUUUUGGUUGUCAGAGGAAAGACAGGACUCUGUUUGAUUCUCAGGAGAACAUGCGCGACACCGAGGACAGCGCUUCUCUAGUGGGCUCCAGACUGCACUGCUCCAGGCAGCAGGCUCCAGGGCCUCUGUGGUGCUCCGAUGCCCCUCACCCACUAGCGAAGAUCCCGAGUGGGCGAGGGACCGGAAGGGAUCUCCCUCUCAGUGUACCUCUUCACAAGGAUGACAGGUUGACGGUGACUCGGUCGGGUGCGGUGAGUGGAAACCCCUCGAUCCUGCACUUCCAGUACAAGCUGAACGAGCGGCGUUUCUCCUGCUGGGACACGGUGCUGGCAACCAACUGCCUUUAUCUGGAGAUCCCCAGCGGUGCACUGCCGGAGGGCAGCAAAGAGGGUCUUACCAGCCUGUUGGAGUUUGCAGAGGAGAGUCUGAAAGUCAGCUAUGUGUUCCUGUGGUUCUACAAAACCAGGGAGGAUCGAUUAUUGAUCACGAAGACCUUCCACUACAUGGGUUUCGAGGUUGUGAAGCCCGGUCACCCUCUGGUGCCGACCCGGCCUGACCUCUUCUUCAUGGUCUACUCCAUGGACAACAGCAGCUCUGAUGAGGAAUGAGCGCUCAAUGCUCUGAAAAAAUGCCCCCCCCUCGAUUCCCAGCUAGACCUUCUCGCUCUUUCUCCUUAUCCUCCUCCACAUCGUUGCCUAUUUAACCCCAUCCUCACUCUUAAAUAAAGCGGGGGCUGGAGGAGUAGGAGUAGAAACGGAGAACGAAUCCCACAGAUCGGUCGACGUCCCCGGUUAGUCGGUGCUACAUCCUGUUAGUUUGCACCAAGUCUAUACUCCUUAUAUGUGCGGGCUGCUUUAGACAGGAUAUAGUUACGAGGAGAAUCAUAUAAGGAAAAGACUUUGUUUAAUAGAUCGUAAGCCAUUCCACAUCAGGGUCAUAGUGCAGCACAGGAAUGAUUUUUUUUUUUAAUUACUCCUACUGUUUUACAUCUCUCACUGUCCUGUCGGUCACCAUUCCCUUAUUUUGCAUCGCAAGGUAUAGAUCAGGUCUCAUAAAUAUUUAUACGCCAUAGUGUUAAAUAACCCGCAGGUUUGCUUGAAGCUCUUCGGAGUAAUGUGGAAAAUGGCUACGCGAAGGCUGAACGACGCGAGUUAUUUAUUAACAUCGGGACGACGGGGCUCCAUUGAAAGGGGUCCACUAUGAUCGAUCCUGGGGGUUCAUAUGACGCUACAACCCUUUCAGUGUAGCUCAGUUCAGCUUUAGAUAAAAUUAGGAUCAGGUAUGGAUCGCGAUGACAUUUUUCAAAUGAUUCUACCGCUUAGAGAAGCAAUUACGCAGGCACUUAAACCGACGACGAGAAUCACGAGAGGUCUCGGACUCGUGCCAUUUCAGAAUCAUCCCUUGUCCUUCGUAUCGUGUUUUCUCCUGCGCCAGUCUUACUUCAGCUGCAUUUAAGCCUCGUACAGUUUUGUGUUCAUCGGUCGGAUAAAUAAACGUGGGUCCGUCGUCUCUCUAGCAAACGUACUUCUAGUCGUACGCGUGUAAACGGAACGUGCAUUCUGGGUACAUCGCGGCCGCGACGUCCCACACCUCUAAGCUGUCUUUCUUUAUGUAUUUAGUGAAAUUGAGACAGUUGCCAAAGAAAAUACCCCCCCUCCCCCUCCCCCCUCUUGAAGCUUACACAUUUUCACCUUUAAAAUUAAAAGUAGCACCGUUCAGGCUUGAGGCUGACCUCAAACAGUAGGUGAGUCUAAAUACAUUCCCCAUAGCCGGAGCGUUCUGAUCUCCUUUCCCCGAACACGGUCAGGCCUGUGGAAGCCGAGCGCAAGCCGAGCGCAAGCCGAGCGCAAGCCGAGCGCAAGCCGUGCUUCUCUGGGACUUUGGGUUGUGCAUGUGUAUAUACAGUAAAUCUUACAUUUAUAGAGUUCACUUUGAGCCAUGACAAUAAACUGUUAUAUAAAAUAAGUUUCUUUUCAUCUUUGGAGAUUUUAUUUUUGUUUAUCUGCAUUGAUUGAUUUUUAUCUUGAUUUUCUUUGUAGAAUUAGGAUUUUGUUUACUGUAAAAAAAAAAAAAAUUAUAAAAUACAUAUAUAUACUUUUUUUUUUUUUUUAAUAAGCAAGGACAGUCCACACAUGUUUACCCAAACCCCCUUUUUUUUUUUUUUUUGUCCGAAUAAAAUGUAAAAUAUGAUCUUUA